GAGCCGAUCGUGUUCUGUUGUCGUUGAGUCAGCUGAGGAAGCCAGGAGAAAAACAAAGAGCGGACAUAAGGAUGUUAGUGGAGAUGCCAACAGUCGAUCAAAUGAUGAGGGUGUUAGCGCAGAGAAGAAAGCUUCCAAGGAAAAUAGGAAUGAGAUCAAGGACUACUUUGAUUGCCGGUACAUUUCACCCUCUGAAGCUGUUUGGAGAACAUUCAAAUACCCGAUACACCAUAGAUCUGUAUCAGUGGAGAAACUGACAUUCCACCUCGAAGGGAAACAGUUGGUUAUUUUCAAAGGUAUUGACAAAAUGGAGAGGGUCGUAACACGUAAACUAAUUGAGAAGACAAUGAUGCUGGCAUGGUUUGAACUGAACAAGGAGUGUGAAUUUGCUAGAACGCUUACCUAUGUUCAGAUUCCAAAUUAUUUUACCUACGUAAAAAGUGAAAAACGCUGGAAACGUAGAAAGAGAGGAUUCAGCAUUGGAAGAAUCAAUUACGCACCAAGGAAGAUUGAAGAUGCUUACUAUUUGAGAAUGCUGUUAAACGUCGUGAGAGGUCCAAGAUCGUUUGAGGAGAUAAAGACCUAUAAUGGUGUGUUGUACCCUGAAUUUAAAGAUGCCUGUUACGCUAGGGGCCUGCUAGAGGAUGACCAAGAGUAUAUCGAUGAUAUUUGCAGAAGAAGCUUCACAUGUCCUCCAUCACAACUUCGCCAGUUGUUUGUCAUCAUGCUUACUUCAGAUAGUCUGAUUUCGCCAGAUGUAGUUUGGUAUGCGUGUUGGGAGUUUCUUUCUGACGACAUGGAGAUGAUUAGAAGAAGGGAUCUUAAUAGACCAGCACUUACGCUAAGUGACGAAGACAAAAGGGAAUAUGCUCUCCAGGAGAUUGUAAAGUUAGUAAAAAGGAAUGGCGCUGACUGGACGAGGUUUAAAAGUAUGCCUCAACCACGGGGAGUUACUUAUUCAGCUACCGAUAAUGUUCUAAUUUUUGAUGAAAAGAGUUAUGAAAAAGAGGAGCAGAAAACAAACCACGACAGAGACUUUGCUAAGCUUACUCCUGAACAGAAGAAAGUGUAUGAGGAAAUAAUUGGUUCUGUUUUGGCGAGAAAAGGAGGAGUGUUCUUUGUAUAUGGCUUUGGUGGAACUGGAAAAACAUUUUUGUGGAGGAUUUUGUCUUCUGCAAUUAGAUACAGGGAAGAGAUCGUUCUAAAUGUAGCUUCAAGUGGUAUAGCAUCACUACUGUUACAAGGAGGCCGCACGGCUCAUUCCAGGUUUGGGAUACCUCUGAAUCCAGAUGAGUUUACUACAUGUGUUAUGAGCAAAGGUUCUGAUCUAGCAAAUUUGGUCAAAGAGUCGUCUCUUAUUAUAUGGGACGAGGCUCCUAUGAUGAGUAGGCAUUGUUUCGAGUCUUUGGAUCGAAGUCUUUCAGACAUUAUUGGUAAUAAAGAUGGAAAGCCGUUCGGAGGUAAAGUAAUUGUGUUUGGAGGUGAUUUCAGACAAGUUCUUCCAGUAAUACCUGGUGGUGGUAGGGCACAAAUAGUAGGAGCCUCGCUUAACUCAUCUUAUCUUUGGAAACACUGCAAAGUUUUAAAACUGACAAAGAACAUGAGGCUCUUAUCUGGUAAUCUGAGUGAAGAAGAAGCAAGAGACCUAAAGGAAUUUUCAGAGUGGAUACUCGAUGUUGGUAAUGGAAGAAUAGCGGAACCUAAUGAUGGUGAAGCUGAGAUCGAAAUUCCUGAGGAAUUCCUUAUAAUGGAUGAAGAGGAGCCUAUUGAAUCUAUAAGCAGGAAGAUCUAUGGAAGUUCCGAGGCUCUGCAGGACAACACGGAUCCAAACUUUUUCCAAGGAAGAGCAAUUCUUUGUCCUACGAACGAAGAUGUCGACAAGAUAAACCAGCACAUGCUAGACAAAUUGAAUGGAGAGGAACGAAUUUAUCUCAGCUGUGAUACCUUGGAUCCUUCAGACUCUUCUGCCAUGAAUGACGAGGCUCUAAGCACGGAAUUCUUAAACAGCAUCAGAGUUGCUGGCUUACCUAACCACAGUUUGAGACUGAAGGUUGGGUGUCCGGUGAUGUUGCUAAGGAAUAUUGAUCCAAUAGGAGGUCUAAUGAAUGGAACAAGGCUGCAAAUUACUCAACUAGCUGACUUUAUGGUAGAAGCUAAGGUUAUUACCGGAGACAAGAUUGGAGCCAAAGUUAUCAUUCCUCGACUCACCAUUACACCAUCAGAUGCGAGGCUUCCAUUCAAGAUGAGAAGAAGACAAUCUCCUAAAAUAAUAGAUCUCGAAAAUUUUCCAAUGUUGAACGACGUUAAACUCGCACGAGUGGGACCAAACCGUCACGAUUCGAGGAUUACUGUUAAAGUGUUAAAGAUCUGGGAUACAAUUCAUGUCGACACCGGUGAAGGGCUCAGUUUCCUCUUUCUCGAUGACGAGGGAACGAAGAUGCAUGCAUUGGUGGAAAGAAAAGAUCAGCAUAGGAGAUUUAGGAGACUACUUCAUGAAGAAGAGUGGAAGACCAUAUCUGGUUUCCAAGUUCGUACAUUUACUCCAUGGAUUCGUUUGACCAAACAAAGGAAAGAGAUUUUCCUCACUUCUGAGACACAAGUUGAUGAUGCUGACGCCUUUGAUGGUUUUAUUCCGUUGGAUCUAAUUCCAUUUGGAGAUGUUAUACGCUUUGGAGUUCAUGCUGGAACUGUUUAUCUUAGAGACUUCAUAGGCCAAAUAUUAUUUUCUCAUGAGUUGGGUGUCAUCAAAGAUCGUUCUCUUCCUAGGAACAGAUUGAACCUUUACGAGAAAUAUACCAGCAAGAUUGACUUUGUGAUGCGGGACAACGUUGGCAAUAGAUUAAACGUUCGUGUAAAGGGACAGUUAGCAGAUAAAUUCAAACUCUUCUGGCUUUGUUACGCCAACUGUGGAACAAAUAUUGUUCUGUUAACUGACUGGCGUGUUGUUGGAAAUGAUGGUGGUAUAAAUGUUGAAAGCUCUCCUGGUAUCUCUACUUUUGAUUUCCAUCCCACCGGACACUUAGAGGUGGAACAUUUCGAGAAUACAUUAGAAGCUGAGGUUGAUGAUAGCGAUGAUGAUUGA